AUUGCAGACCGGUCCGAUCCGCUCUCACACUAUCCUUUGGUUCAACUUGGUGUAUGAGGUUCUGCGCAGGAGUGCCGUAUCAAAUAGUUAGUGGUUAUCGCUUCGGCUUUCCUCAUUACAAUAGUUACGAGAGGAUUCCUCCUACAGCAGCUGUGUUGUCCUUCCUAAUUUCCCCAAUAAUCGGGCAAGUUAUUCCAAUGCAAUUGAUAGCUCCAGAUGUGUUAACGAUACCAGUCAUGACAACACCAUACGUAUCCUCGCUGUAUGCAUACGCUCAUUACCCCUCACUUCAUCGUCCACACACGCGGACUGAAAUACGCAACAUUGUACAUGACUAUUCCAAAGAAAAUGGACACGUUUCCGAAACUUCUGCAGACACCGACGCUCAUCCACUCACGCCAGCAACCAUCACAGACCGACUAGCUCUUACCUCAUUUCCCGAAGAGCGUGCAGUUAUAGCACCAAUACCGGCAUCAUCGGUGUCAGCACCUACAUUCCCAACAUUAUUGAAUGACUCAAUUCAACGAAAAUUGUUUGCAAAGAAAGCAACACUCGCUGGAAAGAUUAAUUUAUGAAGUCGGAAUUCUCAAAAGUUGCUCACGAUGAUACCAUGCUAGGAUUUCGAGAGACCCGAUUUGAGUUAAUAAUAGAUGUCUUUUAUUUGAGUGUUGAAUCUCUUGACUGUAAAUAGAAUCUGGAGAUAAGGCAAACAAGAGCGCAC